AUGAAUUCUGCCUCUGUGAAAGCCAUGGAAUCCUGUAGGGAUGAUCCAGUCCUGGCUGUGAAUGUCAAGGCCUCCAAGAUGCUCGCCAUCCUCAGCGAUCAGGGGUACAUGCAGCACCAGAUGCUGCACCCCAACAUGCUGGUCGUGCACCCUCAAAACCGUGCUGGUGUCAUGGUGAAUGCAUGGAACGUGCAUCAGAAAGGGAUAAUGGCCCUCAAGGUGGGUUGGAACUUCAAGAAGCUGGAGGAGUCCUACUGCAUGGAGAUCUCCCACAACCAUGACAAGAAGAAGAAAGUGCUCGCAGAGAUGGAGCGAGUAGUGCUGGCCAGCGAAGGCAUGCUGGCACCAGUCAGUGGCAAUGAAAAGUACCAAAGCCUUUCGGCUUCUCACAUGUCGCAGUUCUGCAAGGCUGUCAGUGCUGGCUGUGUCACUCAGGAGGAGGCUGUGAAGUCCCAGGUGCUGGCCUUGGAUGUGCUCCUGAAGGACUUCCCUGAUGAAGGCUUCAAAGCAGCAGUCACUGGUGGAUGGAGCUGGCACUGCAUCGCCAGUGUGGUGGAGGAGAGCCUUCCAUGGUUCUGCAACUUCUUGCAGGGGGCUUUGAACAGUUGCAAUCACAUUGCAGCAAAGGCCACUGAGAUGGAGCUGGCACUCCACAUGAAAUUCGUGAAGAAUUUCGCCGGUGGUGAGGAUGCCCCCUUGAUCCAGUUGCUGGUGAUGCUGGAGAGGGCCUUCAAUUCCAGCUUGAUGCUGGGAGAAGAAUUCAUGCUGGCAAUUGUUCGCACAAAUUUCGGGUCCAGGGAGACAACCUUCCCUGUCUGUCGUGCGAUGUUAGUAAGUGCCAAUUUGAGCUCUCCCAAACACCAGGACGGGAUAAGCAAACUCCUUGUCAAGAGUGACGUGCUAAAACUGAGCAGCCAGAAAGACCAGCUUCUAGCAUGCGAAAAGAUGGGGAAAAUGCUGGUGGAGCAAAACCUGCAGAGCCCGGACUUUCAGGACCCCACUGCAGUGAAGAUUCUUGGCCGCUUUUUCAUCCGGACUGCCUUGUAUUUGACGAGGAAAGAGGGCAAGGGCAGGGAGGCCCAGACCUACGGUAGCCUGGCCAAGAUCCACGAGCAGUAUCUGCUGGAGAAGCAGAAGGCCACGAGCAGCUCAAGCAGCAGUGCUGGUGCAGGGCAAGCGGGAGCAGCAAGUGCGAAGGAGACCAGUGAUGCUGGCUUCAUUGCUGAGCAGAAAUUCUCCUGGCUGAAGGUUGGCUCCUAUUACAUGAGGAAGGAGGACAAGCAGAUCUUCAAGUUUGCUGGCAUUACAGCUGAGAAGGCCGAGUUCACAAUGCAGGACAUCUUUGGCAAAGAGGAAAAGCUGGAGGUGAAGCACGAGGACUUGGUUCGCUUCAAGGCGAGCGACAAGAAUCCUCCAGCCAAGGUGGAGACGUCCUUGGUGGAGAAGCUGCAGCCCGGAAAGAGCCUCACCUGGCCGCUGGAGCUUGAAAGAGCCCAAGUUCAAGCAGCCUUGCUGGACAACUACAACCAGAAAAAUGCAGUGGACUUCCAGAAGUUAAUCAUCUGCAAUGACCAGAAGGUGUUUGCUGCUUGCAACAUUCCCAAGCACAGCAUGAAGAUUUUCCCAUUUGGUGUGGUUUCGCUGGUGAAAGAAGAGGACGGCAAAAAGGCUUCUGCUGCAUCCAAGGUGCUGGUGUCUAUUAAGAAGGGCAACCAGUAUCAGGUCAUGCCCUCAAAGGUGGACCUGGCAAAGCAAAGUGGAUCCAUCCCGCUUUUCUUUUGGAUUGCUGCUGUGGAGAAGCAAGAAGAUGCCACCCUGGUGCUGCAGGAGGGCAUCCAUGACAUGCUGCAGAUUCCUUUCUUGAGCCCGAAGGCGAUGGUUGCGAAAGGCAUGCAGCUAACAUAUUUCAAGGCUCCUGCAGCCACCGCUGCGCCCAAAGAUGCUGAGCCCAAAGAUGCUGGGCCCAAAGCCAAGAAGGCCAGGACCUAG